UUGAUAUUUAGCCCACCCGGUCCAGUUGGACCAGUGGAGACAGCCUCCUUGGCCUGGUUCAACAUGAUUUCUUUAUCCUGCUUGCUGGGGCCGCUAUGCGGUCUCCUCUUUCUCUCAGGCCUGUUGGAGGCCAAAUCUUUGCUCAGUGCCAUCAAACAGGAAGAGAUGGUGCCUUUGAGUGACGUGAGCAUCCACUCGGAGAAAGCCAACGAGUUCCUGUCUCACUCCAGACCGAAGCGCAACGCGGCGGAUCCCAGGUGGUACCGAGGAAACCCGGACUUUCAGUCGUACUACAGAUACUACAGCAGCAUCGGGCACACCGAGGGGCUCUAUGAGAUCGACAAGCUGCGGAUGCUCUACCAGCAGAUGAGGUACCUGGAGCAUGCCUACGGCCCAAACGCCUCCUACUUCCAGAGCAAACUGGGUGUGCCAAUGAUCAUGUGCGACCCAGUCACAGACAAGAGGUGCAAAUACGCCGCUCCUCCUCCACCACCCCCGAUGAAAGGAGUCUCAAAGCCCAUCAAUCCUACGGAGGCUCCACCUCCUCUUCCUCUCGCUCCAGCCAUUUCCCAGGCUGAUGUGCUUUUCCUGUGCAACAACAAGGACCCCCUCUGCAAGCCGCACAUCGUCUACUUGCCCACUGGCGCUGUUCCGGUGCUCUGCGACCCUCGGUACCACCCCCACUGUACCCCGCAGAAAGCCCCGCCGCCCCCGCUGGUGGUUCCUAAGCAACCUCAUCAUAAGAAGCUGCCUCCGCCUGCCCCGGUUUUGGUCAAGAAGUCUCCUCCUCCGGCCCCCAUCCGCGUCUUCAAGGGUAUGGAGUACGACUGCGAUCCCUACUGGGACCCCGACUGCCUGAUUGACAACCCUCCAAGAGCUAUCAAGGGGAAGAUCAUGGGCCCCCCACCCCCACCUCCUCCUCCACCCGAGGAGGAAGAAGAGGAAGCUGUAGAGGAGCCAGCGCCUCCUCCGCUCAAAGAGAAGAAACUCAGCUUCCACCCUUACCCCUACUUCCACCACCACUCUUAUGACCCCAGGGAUGAACUGUAUGACCCGCUCCGCUUCCAGUACCCCCAGCCAGAUGAUGCCGCUGACGAGCCUGCUGACGAGUGAGCGGUCCUCUCACUGGCUGAGAAAAAAAAAAAAGUCUCAUGUUUCCACGGACUUUGAAACAUUUAUCAAAGAAAUGUGUUGAAAUGAUUAAAAAGACAUCUUAUUGUAUUUAUCAUCACUGUCACAAUGUUAAAAAAAAUGCUGUUGUCAGCCAGUGUUUUAGUAAAGAAGCAAUAAAAUAAGAUAAAUUUGGUUUUCAUCAGUUAAUGAGUUGCAUUUUGCCUUUUAAAAAGGUGCAAAAUGAUGGAAGAACAAGGUUUGCUCCUCCCAGAGCCACAUGGCAGCUAAAAACAAACCUUGUAAACGCUUAACACACAAGCAGGGGGUCAUUAUGUCGGCUUCUGCUGUGCAUUUAAUACCCAAACAAAUGCUGACUCAGGUUAUCCAUGUUAGUCUCUACGGCUUCCUGUGCUGCCACGUUUACCUGCCUCCUUCAACCCCUCUGCAGGCAGUCACACAGCAGGAACGCAACUUUAAAAAACCCCCCAAAAAACGAGUUGACUGUAAAACCCUCAAAGCUCCUGAUAAUAAACCCACAGCUUCACAUUACAAAACUUUCAUGGGCUUGUU